AUGUCUCAGGUGAACCAAAUUGAGUACAGGGCAGUCAUAAAAUUCUUAACCAAAGAAGGGCUUACACCUAAAAUUAUUAAAGACAGACUCGAUGGCGUAUACGGCCAAAGUUCCCCGUCCUAUUCUGUGGUGAAAGAAUGGGCAAAACGUUUUCGUAUUGGACAGGAAUCCCUAGAAGAUGACGCAAGACCUGGUCGGCCAGUAGAGGUGAUAACCGAAGACAAAGUUGCCCUUGUGGAAAAACUGGUAUUAAGUGACCGACGUUUGAAGGUCAAAGAAAUAUCAGAAAUGACCAAAGUUUCUGAUACAAGUGUUCGCCGAAUCCUGCAUGACCAUUUAGGAAUGCAGAAAGUCAGUGCAAGAUGGGUUUCCAAACACCUUUCAGCGCUUCAAAAACAACGCCGUGUGGAGUGUGCUCGAUCAUUUUUGGAACUGUGUGGUACCGACCCAAACCCUAUAUUGGAAACGGUUGUAACCGGCGAUGAAACUAUGGUCCUUUAUUAUGACCCUCUAUCAAAAAGAGAAUCAAUGGAAUGGCGUCGUAAAGAUUUUAAAGAAACUAAUACCACCGUUAACGGCAUGUAUUAUGCAUCAUUACUUCACAAACUUCGGGACAAUAUUCGCGAAAAACUUCGAGGAAAACUGACCAGAGGUGUGCGGUUGCUGCACGAUAAUGCGCCCGUUCAUACUGCUGGUGUUACACAAGCUGCCAUCUUGGAUUGUGGGUUCCAACAGAUAGAUCACCCCCCAUAUAGUCCAGAUAUGGCUCCAAGCGAUUAUUAUUUAUUUGGAUAUUUGAAAAAGGACCUUCGUGGGCGACGUUUUAGUGACGAAUUGGAGUUAUAUAAAGAAGUUAUUGAGGAUAAAUGCACCAAGGCGUGGGCGGUGCAGAAAAAGGCAGUUGCGUGGGAAGCAAUUGUAGAAGAAUUUAAUUGCUUGGCUGAAUCAGGUACUAGGUCGGUCAAGCAAUUAAAAAUCUUCUACGAAAAUCUAAAGCGGGAAACUCGUAAAAGGGUGACUCAGGAACACCAAGAACAAUAUGAAGCCAGAGUAAAGAAGGGCGAAGCGAGGAAGACCGCUGCUCACGACAAGAAAGAAAUAAUGAAGACUGGUGGAGGCAGUUCCACCUUGGAAAUGACCUCCGAGCAAGAAAUACUCCUGGCCACGAUACGGGAACAAGUGGACCCCUUAGAUAACGCUUAUGACAGUGCGGCUGAAUAUUUCAGUAAUAUACACGCUUAA